UUAUACCCCGAUAAAGUCCAACACUGGGCCUAACUAAAGUGUAUGUACAAUGUACCCUAACUCAACUGCUAUUCUGCUAAUUUCCCGAUCUUCUCCUCUUUCUUCCAUUUUUCAAGCUCACUUUUAGGCUGUAAAUUUCAAUUUUCUUUUUAGCAUUCUUGCCCACCUACCAAAUUUACAUCAAAUACUUUCUUCCCUGUUAGUUAUAUUCGAUCACACAAAAAAAACUUCAAUCAAUGAAAUAAUUUAUACUGUCACUAUUUACAAAUUGAUUCAAGUCUGAAAUCCGCAAAUUUAAUUUCUUUAAAUUUCAUCAUGGGAUCAUCUUCAGGUCGAUUGUUUAAUAGGCAGCGAACCAUCCAUGAAAUCUUCGGAGGCGCGUUUGUAGCUGAUGUGGUGUUAUGGAGGCAAAGAAACAUUACAAUGGGAAUAUUAAUACUAACAUUAAUAAUUUGGUUGGUAUUUGAGGAAUCUGGGUACACUCUGUUAUCUCUUAUUUCUAGUAUUUUGCUGCUGUUGAUCACCAUCUUAUUUGUAUGGUCCAAAGCUGCAUCACUUUUGAACAGACCUGCACCUCCUUUGCCUGAUAUGCAUUUGAGAGAGGAAGUUGUAUCUGAAAUGGGAGAGCUUGCUCGCGACAAUAUUAAUUCUUUGGUCUUAGUUUGUCGGAAUGUUGCUCUUGGCAAAGAUUCAAGGCUAUUUCUCAGAGUUGCUGCCUGCCUGCUGAUGAUUUCUGUUUUUGGAGCCUUGACUGAUAUUGUCACACUGUGCUAUAUGUCCCUUGCUAUUCUUCUCACGAUUCCUGCAUUAUAUGAGAGGUACGAUGACCAGAUUGAUAAAUACAUGAUGAGUGCAUACAGAAGCGUACAACGAAUUCGUGUAAAUUUUGACUAUUGUAUCACCAUGAUAAGAAAGAUGGACCUUGAAAAGUUUCAAUGAGAAUGACUUCAGAUUCUUUCCGGUACAUAUAAUUAUUGUAAAAAAGAUUGUGCUUUUGAACUCGUCAAUUUUGAUAUUUAUUUUUUGGUUUACCGUAUCAAUUUUUAUUUUUAUUUGUUUUAAUUGU